CGUCAUACACCUCUUUCAUUCCAUUUGACUUUCCAACCUUGCCGAGAGUCACCUAGCAUGGUAGCGGUCGAGCCCCGCCUCCUCUCUUGCUGACCCAUCUUGCAUGCCCGGGAGCAGCCUUGAGCGAAUUGCAUGCCGAAAUCGUGGGAGCUUCGUUCGACUCCGUUGCAGAACAUCUGUUCGUCCGCAAAGGCGUGACGGCAUUCGAACGGAGCUCUUUACCGACCGGAGGGGGAGAGAGCGCACUCGCUACGGGGAAAUUAGAAAAAGAAGAAGGCAAGCCCGUAAAAGUCCACUGCUGCUUCGCCAACGAAGACAAAGCUGAAGACCACGCCACCCUCCUCGUCCCGAGUGCUGUCCUGCAACGUUGCAAGGGCCGCAGCCGAUCGCUACCUUAGUCUGGACGUGAUUUCUCAUUCAUCCAUAGUUCGUCGAGGGAGCCAAUGUUGCAUUCAGCCUUGCUCAACGCUCAUGCACCAUCCCGCUCCUUUCCACGGCGCACAGCGUCAUACGAUCCCGUACAUGGCUGUCCCGCGGGGAAAGGGCCAACAUUCGAAGAAUGUUCUCCCGCAUCUGAGCAUGCGUGUGGCGAUCUUUCACGGAGGGAGAGGAAGGCGACGGGGCAAGCUACAAAAGGCCCACGUUUCCCUCUCUCCUCACUUCCUCAAUUGAUCGUGGAGUGCGCUCUCGUGCUGCUUCCCGUCGUCUUCCUCAUCACCCAGCAGUAUGGCUCCUUCGCUUUUGGCCACGAUCAGAUUCAUCCUUAUUUCUAGCUUCCUGGGCUCACGAUGGGUUCACGCCCAGUCCGAAAGCCCGACGUCUACCACUGCCUCCGUCCUUACGGCUACCAUUGCUGGUGAAAUCGUGACGUAUUCGCCUCAAUUUACCGUGCCGGCGUCCGCGGGCAACGGGGCAACACUGCUUCCGAACAUUUUUGAUCCGAACGCUACAGACGCGCAGACCGUCUGUCCAGGCUACAGCGCUAGCGACGUGGUCAAAGGGGACUAUGGGUUUUCGGCCACGCUCACGCUCGCUGGGAAGGCUUGCAAUGUAUAUGGAAACGAUGUAGAAACGCUAAAUUUAACUGUCACGUACCAGAACGCGGACAGGCUCUCUGUCUACAUCCGGCCUGUGGAGGCAACUCUAGACUCCACCAACACGUCGUGGUAUAUUUUGAACGAGACCUUGGUUCCAAGACCUGGGGUAGACAGUGACGCGGAAGCUUCAACCCAGGCUAACGAUUUGGUGUUCUCUUGGAGCAACGAGCCGUCGUUCUCGUUUUCCGUAACAAGGAAAUCGACCGGCGAUGUUCUUUUUGACACCAGCGGGAGCGUGUUGGUUUUCGAGGAUCAGUUUGUGGAGUUUGUCACGGCAAUGCCCGAGAACUAUAACGUAUAUGGACUGGGGGAACGUAUUCACGGGCUUAGACUCGGUAACAACUUCACAGCAACAAUUUACGCCGCGGAUGCUGGUGAUCCUAUAGAUCAGAACAUAUACGGAUCCCACCCGGUGUACAUUGAUACACGUUACUUCGAAGUGGGUGAAGACGGGUCGAAAACGCUGGUGACUAGCAACGAGACAAACUCCAACUCGACGUACCAGUCGUACUCUCACGGCGUGUUCCUCCGUAAUGCCCAUGGCCAAGAGAUUCUGAUGAGACCACAGAAAAUUAUCUGGAGGACAAUUGGUGGAAGUAUUGACCUUUACUUCUACGAUGGCCCCACCUCUCAAGAUGUCAUCAAGCAAUACCAAGAAGUCAUUGGGUUUCCAGCAAUGCAGCAGUACUUCGCUUUUGGCUACCAUCAGUGCCGAUGGGGUUAUCAGAAUUGGUCUGUCGUUCAAGAUGUGGUCGAUAACUUCGCGCGGUUUGGCAUCCCACUCGAGAAUAUCUGGACAGAUAUCGACUACAUGAAGCACUAUCGUGACUUUGAGAUGGAUCCGAACACAUUCCCCGUCAGCGAGGGGCAGGCGUUCUUGUCACAAUUGCAUAAGAAUCAUCAGCACUACAUCCCCAUUGUCGACUCAGCAAUCUACAUCCCGAAUCCGGACAACCAAACCGAUGCUUACCCAGUAUACAACCGGGGAAAUGACUCAGGGGUCUUUUUGAAAAACCCAGAUGGCAGUCAGUACAUUGGCAACGUGUGGCCUGGUUAUACGGUCUUCCCGGACUGGCAAGCCGGCGAAUCCGUGAACUGGUGGUCCGACGAAAUAUCUCGGUGGCACAAGGACAUUCCGUUCGACGGAAUCUGGAUCGACAUGUCUGAGGUAUCUUCGUUCUGUGUCGGCUCGUGCGGCACUGGCAAUCUGUCUCUCAACCCUGUGCAUCCGCCAUUCAAGCUGAAUGGCGAGAAAGGAGAUUUGGUUCUGGAUUAUCCAGAAGGUUUUAACAUUACAAACGCAACAGAGGCCUCCUCCGUUGCUUCUGUUUCCUCUACUCAGUAUGCAGGCACGGCUACAACAUCAACCGCCACGGGUACGGCUACAAGCACUUCCACGUCAACUACUUCCUACCUGCGUACAACGCCUACUCCUGGAUCUCGCAAUGUAAAUUAUCCUCCUUACGUCAUCAACAACGUGCAGGGUGACUUGGCAGUGCAUGCAGUUUCUCCGAAUGCAACACACCACAACGGUGUUCAAGAGUAUGAUGUGCACAACUUGUUCGGUCAUCAAAUUCUCAACGCCACUUACCAAGCUCUGUUAGCCGUUUUUCCGGGCAAGCGACCUUUUAUUAUCGGCCGGUCCACCUUUGCCGGAAGCGGCAAGUGGGCAGGACAUUGGGGAGGAGACAAUUACAGCCAGUGGGCAUACAUGUUCUUCGCUAUUCCGCAAGCAUUGAACUUUGCUAUCUUCGGUUUCCCGAUGUUCGGUGUCGACACGUGUGGGUUUAAUGGUAAUACGGACGAGGAACUUUGUAAUAGAUGGAUGCAACUCAGCGCCUUCUUCCCCUUUUAUCGUAACCACAACGUCCUCGCUGCCAUCAGCCAAGAACCCUACGUCUGGGCGUCCGUCAUUGAGGCUUCGAAAACCGCCAUGGCUAUCCGUUAUUCACUCUUGCCGUAUAUGUACACAUUAUUCCAUGCUGCCCAUACAACUGGGAGUACAGUCAUGCGUGCAUUAGCUUGGGAGUUCCCCAACGAGCCAAGUUUGGCGAGCGCGGACCGCCAAUUCCUUCUUGGACCGUCACUGAUGAUCACGCCAGUUUUGGAUCAGGGCGCGACGACUGUGAAUGGCGUUUUUCCUGGUGUAAAGGAAGGUACGGUUUGGUACGAUUGGUACACCAGAUCAGCUAUGAACGUGUCUGCUGGACAAAAUGUCACCAUCGACGCUCCUUUGGGACAUAUCCCCGUCUUCGUCCGCGGCGGCUCCGUGCUCCCUCUUCAAGAGCCUGCUCUGACGACGUACGAAGUCCGAAACAGCCCUUGGAGUCUUCUUGUCGCCCUUGACGCCCAGGGCACAGCUGCAGGGUCACUUUAUGUGGACGAUGGGGAAAGCCUUGUUCAAAAUGCCACUCUGAACGUUGCUUUCUCUGCAUCAAAUGGCAGCUUGCAUGCCGCAGCUAUCGGGACCUACAAUGCUUCUCAACCAUUAGCCAACGUGACGGUGUUGGGUGUAACAUCAACGCCUCAGAAUCUGACGUUGAAUGGCCAGAUGCUGAGCAACGGGUGGACAUACAACUCCACUAACAAGGCAUUGACCAUAACGGGACUGAGUAACAGCACAAGUCAGGGCGCCUGGGCACAAGAUUGGACACUGAAAUGGAGCUAGCUCGGAUGUCUUGACGAAGAGAUAUGAUGACAGCCAUUCUGCCUGUAUAUACGCACUGAUCAUAUCUUUCCAGACUUUCCAACUCCGUUUACUUUACG